GAGCUCACCUUAAUGAACCCUGCCUGCUGCAGUCUCUGCUCUCUAGUUAGCGGCUCGGUGUGGGAGGGCGGGUCUGUCGUUUGAUGCAGUGAGGGGCCGUGCCCAGAGCGGGUUUGCUCGCCCACUCCACUCCAUCCGCAAGCUGGCCGGCUGCACUUCUCGCUCCCGUGUGAAAUAAUUUGAGAUCUUUAUCUGAAAGUGAAACUAAACAGCGAUGACUGACUCUUUACCUCCAGAGAAUUGUCCCGUGACAGACCGCUCCAUCGUGGACCCGGUUCUGAACGGACAGUGUGCGGCUCCGGAGCAUAACCCUACCAUAACCACAAGCCAGGGCGACCCUGUCAUUAUUAACCAGGACCAGGAGAUGAAGAUAACUGACAGCAUUGAAGGCCAAGGCCUGCUGGAGAGCAGCACACGCCUGAAGCCCCAUGAGGCCCAGAGCUACCGGAAGAAGGCGCUGUGGGUGUCCUGGUUCUCCAUCGCGGUGACGCUCGUUCUGGCUGUAGCAUCGUUCACUGUUUCCAUCAUGAGACACAGCGCGUCUGCCUUCGGAUUUGCCUUCGAUGCCACGCUGGAUGUCCUGUCCUCCAUCAUCGUGCUGUGGCGCUACAGCAAUGCAGCCGCUGUGCACUCGGCUCACAGAGAGUACAUAGCCUGCGUUGUCCUGGGAGUGGUAUUCAUCCUAUCCUCCAUGUGCAUUCUGGGAAAAGCCAUCCAUGACCUGGCCACCAAGCUACUUCCUGAAGUGGAUAGCUUCCUGUUCAGCGUCUCGGUCGUCAGCGGCGUCACAUGUAUCAUCCUGGCCAUCAUCAAAUUCAUGCUGGGGAGGGUGCUGACCAGCCGGGCCCUCGUCACCGACGGCUUCAACUCCCUUGUUGGCGGCGUGAUGGGAUUCUCCAUUCUCAUUAGUGCUGAAGUUUAUAAACACAGCGCCACUGUGUGGUACCUGGAUGGGAUGACAGGUGUCCUCAUUGGCCUUAUCAUUCUCGCCUAUGGGGUGAAGCUGCUGGUCGACAUGAUCCCGCUGGUGAGACAGACGAGAAACUACGAGCGUUUCGAGUAAGAGGACCGCGGCUAGCGGGUCCCUAGGGGCAGCUGGACCCGCAGUCCGUGUGUCCGAGCAGGAAAACGAACAGGGACGUUACGCUGCCAGCAGUAUCCCAGUUCAAAGCCAGCCUUCUGUUGCUGCAGAGUCCUACUCAUGUGUUUCUCUUUUUAAUCUUUCAAUUUCAAAAAGCUGGGAUGCAGUUUCAUGUCUCUGUCCCACGAUGGGAUGAAGAGGUGUUUUGAUUCUGGGAGAGCAGCUGUGACACCCUCUAGUGGGGCAUUCAUGCAUCUGCAUGACAGUGGCACCUUUCUGAUAGACCAGUGUGUCAUUAGGGUCACUCAGAAGAAAACAUAAAAUCCCAAAAUUAAGGAGAUGUCCCGAUUUUAUUCUUAACAGUGCCCCAGGGGUUGUAAAGGCUUCUUGCUUGUUUUGGGUUUGGGGCAGAGUCCUGUGUGAGGACCAACAGGAUAUAUGCCGCUUGGUUCUGAAUGUAGGACAGAUAAAGCAGGCAAGUCAAGGCCCAGACACUAAAAUGUCAGCCUCUGUACUGAAACAUUUAUCACAUACAAGCUGUCACAGGACUCUGCAGAUUAUUUUUGAAUUUCUUGGCUUUCUUCGCUUGAUCAUUUUCGAUAUUAUUUCUCUGGGGGGGUAGUGGGGCUUGUAGUGGACCUUCACCAGGACAUUAAGGAAGCUGUCAUUCAGAUACAUUCCCUGGGUCAGAGAGAAUUUUUGACUUACAGGAAUCUCAGUCUGAAUUUCACAGCAUUUUCGCCAACGGAGAGACCCAAGAAUACCUGGUCAGGAAAGCGAUCCUUUUCAGAAUGCAUAUAACUUUUUGUUUUAGAUAUUAAUACCUUUUGUAUAUAUGGUGACUCUGGUAUAUACCAUCUAUGAAGUAUGUUUAUAUAGUUAUUUUGGUUGCGGCUGAACCUUGCUGAGUUCUGCUGAGUGCCGUCUUGCUGGCUCGAUGUCGCAGUUCCUCGGAUGUAUCGUCCUGUGGGUCGGAGGCUCCCGUCUACCAGCCGCUGUAAUUAACACACAGCCAGUCAUCCAGACGCACUUUCACAUUCCCUCAGUUUCUUAUAUAGCACACUGUCAGGGGAGACUCAACCAGCACAUGCAGAUAGCCGACUGACUAAUGUCGCCAACUGCAGUGGGAGCAGAGCUGUCCCUGUGUACAGCUGAGAGUGUCUGCUUUUCUGAUGCUUUUGUGAAGAUGAUCCAGUGAUAUGAAAUUGCUGUUUAAUGGAUUACUGCUGACUCCUGUACAGAAAUGAUGUUCUCUUUGGAAAUAUUUUUCAGCAGAAAUGUUUGUUUUUAUUUAAUAAGGUUUGGCUAAUUUAUUUUUUAUUUAAUGGCAAAUAUAAAAUAUUGACAUUGUCACGUUAUCUGUAUAAAUCUGUGAAAUAAGCUGUGAAACUCUCAGUCUCUGUACUGUAAAAAUUUCAUGGCCUGUGUUAUCCAUUAUAAAACAAGUAAACCAGAACCAAGCACACACACACACACACACACACACACACACACACACACACACACACACGCACGUAGGGUAUACCUAUCCUUAUGGGGCCCGCUCAUUCACUGCUAUGGGAAAAAUGUUAAUGCUAACUAUGACAACCUUAACCCCCACCCUGCCCUAACCAUAACCAUAAGUAACCAAACAAAAAUACAAGA